AUGCUUGUUCGACGUUGUCCAUGGCGCUCUAUACAGCUGCACCAGCUCUGGUGUCCACGACAAAUUCAUACACGCGAGGCAAUCCACGACAAGCGCUGGCCCGGCUGGCAAGUAAUUAUAGGUAUCGAGGUGCAUGCCCAGAUCAAGUCUCGCCGCAAGCUUUUCUCAGAGUCAUCCACAUCUCGUCCAGGUGAGAUACCCAAUACAACUGUGUCCACAUUCGAUUCCGCAUUCCCUGGAACACUACCGACAUUGAACCCAAAAUGCGUGGAGUUAGCGGUUAGAACGGCGUUAGCACUAAACUCGAAAGUCCAUCACCAAUCGGCGUUCGAUAGGAAACACUACUUUUACUCUGACCUCCCGGCAGGAUAUCAAAUAACUCAGCGUUACUCUCCGCUGGCCUCGGGUGGUUAUCUAAAGCUCUCCAAAGGCGAUGUUUCAGUGGGAAUCCAGCAAAUCCAGCUUGAGCAGGAUACGGCAAAGUCCACGUUUGAUGGGCUUAGACGCACUUCACUCAUUGACCUAAAUCGAGCUGGCUCAGGGCUGAUGGAAAUAGUUUCAGAGCCUCAUAUGCGGUCCCCCGAAGAGGCCGCAGAUUAUGUUCGGACAUUGCAGGCCGUUCUUCGCUGUGUUGGCUCUAGUGAUGGCAACAUGGAACAAGGGUCUUUUCGCUGCGAUGUGAAUGUUUCUAUCAACAAACACGGACAGCCGCAUGGCACUCGCUGCGAGAUCAAAAACCUCAACAGCGUGAAGUUCAUGACUGUAGCGAUCACUUCAGAGGUCUUUCGUCAUAUCGAGCUGCUCGAAAGUGGCUGCUCUGUGCCGCAGGACACCAGAGGAUUUGAUGAAAAUAAGGCCGAAACUUUGAAGCUCAGAAGCAAGGCGGAUUCUCCUGAUUAUAGAUACAUGCCGGACCCGAAUAUCCCUCCAUUGCUGUUAUCUGAGGAGUAUAUCGAGACCAUCCGCAAGACCAUGCCGGACCUCCCUGAUACAACCCGUGUCCGUUUGCGGAAUCUUGGGUUAUCUGAGCGUGAUACAGAUGUACUCAUGGCCGUCGACUCGGGUCACGAGGUUGGAUUUGAUGGCGAACUCGGAAAAGGCGCUGUGACUUACUUUGACUCCCUCGCGCAACAGAGGGACCCGAGAGUCGUUGUCAAUUGGAUGACGCACGAGCUCAUUGGGCAGUUGACUGCUCGGAAAGAAACCUUCAGCGACAAUCCCGUAUCUGUCGAGCAACUAGGUGAACUUAUCGACCUGGUGCAGGAUGGCAAAAUUACUGGGACUUCGGGAAAAUCGUUAUUGAAGCAUAUCAUUGCCAAUCGUUCUUCGUCAGCUCCCUCUGUACUCGCACGGGAACUUUCUCUUGAGGCUAUAUCAGAAGAUGAUAACGCCUCCACUCGAGCAUGGUGUGCCGAAGCCAUCGGAGCACUUCCUGAAGAGGCGGAAGCUGUGCGCCAAGGUAAUCCUCGAGUUCUCAACAAGCUGGUGGGUAAAGUCAUGCAGCUCAGCCGCGGACGUGCCGAUGCACAAAAUGCACGUGUUGUGCUAGAAGAUGUUUUGCGAAGAUAG